AUGGAGAUGUGGUCUGUUUGGCUGUACAUUAUAAGUUUGAUUAUAAUAAUUGCAACACAUUGGAUUUACAGGUGGAGGAAUCCAAAAUGCAAUGGAAAAUUACCUCCUGGCUCCAUGGGUAUCCCUUUCAUUGGAGAAACCAUACAGUUCCUAAUUCCAAGUAAAUCACUUGAUGUCCCAAAUUUCAUCAAGAAGAGAAUGAACAAGUAUGGUCCGCUGUUUCGGACAAACUUAGUGGGUCGGCCAGUUAUUGUAUCAUCAGACCCUGAUUUCAACUAUUACCUUCUUCAACGGGAAGGGAAAUUAGUAGAAAGAUGGUACAUGGAUUCCUUCUCUAAGCUUCUUCACCAUGAUGUCACGCAGAUUAUUAUCAAACAUGGCUCUAUACACAAGUACUUGAGAAAUUUGGUGUUGGGUCAUUUUGGCCCUGAGCCACUCAAGGACAAACUGCUGCCUCAGUUAGAGUCUGCUAUUAGCCAAAGAUUGCAGGAUUGGUCUAAGCAACCCAGCAUUGAAGCCAAAAGUGCCAGUUCUGCUAUGAUAUUUGAUUUUACAGCAAAAAUACUAUUUAGUUAUGAACCAGAAAAAUCAGGGGAAAACAUAGGUGAAAUUUUCUCUAAUUUCUUGCAAGGACUUAUGUCAAUCCCCUUAAAUAUCCCUGGCACAGCUUUCCAUAGAUGUUUAAAGAAUCAGAAGAGAGCGAUACAAAUGAUCACAGAGAUACUAAAAGAGAGACGCAGUAAUCCAGAGAUUCAUAAAGGAGAUUUCUUGGAUCAGAUUGUGGAAGAUAUGAAAAAAGACAGUUUUUGGACAGAAGAAUUUGCUAUUUAUAUGAUGUUUGGGCUCCUCCUUGCCAGUUUUGAGACUAUCUCAUCUACUCUUGCUUUAGCUAUCAUAUUUCUCACUGAUAACCCUCCCGUCGUUCAGAAAUUGACGGAGGAGCAUGAGGCAAUCCUGAAGGCUAGAGAAAAUAGAGAUUCAGGACUUUCAUGGAAAGAAUAUAAAUCCUUGAGUUACACUCAUCAGGUUGUGAAUGAAUCUCUCCGGCUGGCAAGUGUUGCUCCUGGAAUAUUGAGAAGGGCCAUCACAGACAUUCAAGUUGAUGGGUAUACAAUUCCCAAAGGCUGGACUAUCAUGGUUGUUCCGGCCGCCGUUCAAUUGAAUCCUAACACCUUUGAAGAUCCCCUCGUCUUCAAUCCUUCAAGAUGGGAGGACAUGGGAGCUGUGGCAAUGGCAAAGAACUUCAUAGCUUUUGGAGGAGGAUCAAGAUCUUGUGCUGGAGCUGAGUUUAGCAGAGUUCUAAUGUCUGUGUUUGUACAUGUUUUUGUCACUAAUUACAGGUGGACGAAAAUCAAGGGAGGAGACAUGGUCCGAUCACCGGCUUUGGGAUUUGGCAAUGGUUUUCACAUUCGAGUUUCAGAAAAGCAGCUGUGAUUCAAGAGCCCAUUUGCCUUUGUUUUCUUAAUAUAUCAAUAAAAAUAUGGCCAGCAGAUUUCCACUGCUCUCAAUUUAAAGUUCAAAAUAUUAAGUGAAAAAUAUUACAAAAGAA